GUUGGCAAAAUGCCGUGCAUGAAGAUGUGCUGUUUUCAGUUCUCAACUCGAUUGGGAAGCAUUAUAGUUGGAAUUUCCUCCAUGCUUCAAGUUCUAAUACCAGCAAUUGUUCUCAUCGGUGUCGGUGGAGCAGAUCGACUGAAAAUUGUGGCUUCCGAUAUGAAUGACCACAUUAACGAUUUUGGACAAGAUGCAAUUUUCAUAUGGCUUCUAAAUUUUACGUAUAGCGAUCCUAAAGGAAUAUUUCUCGGAACUGUGUUAUUUUGUGGAAUUCACGCAUUGUGUUGUGUUUUGAUGAUUAUUGGAGCUAUAAAAUUUCAGAAAUAUUUACUUACACCAUUCAUUUUCAUGGAUUUCUUAAGGUUAUGCAUUCUCUCACUAACACAUGUCAUCGGUAUGAUGGUAAUCAAGAAACAGCUUAACCUUGGGGAUUUGAUAGCAAUUACUAUUGCUGGUGGAUUUGGAUUGCUUCUGUUAUUUUAUCUAUGGGCUUGCGUUGUAGCAUUGUACCAAAUAUUGGGCAUUGUAAAAACGGAAAAAUAUCGCAAACUUUUCGGAAACGACCCAAUCAGUCGAAACAAUAUUUCUACGGCAAACGACGAGAACACAACAAAUCUUCAACCAACUGUAACAACAAAGGAUAAAUAUUUCACAUAUAACUCAAACUUCUCAAACGAAUAUUCCAAGGAUAACGUUCACGAAUAUACUAAUUGAAAAUGCUACGCAACAAACAAAAAUCAAGGUAAAUAUAGAUUUGAGGUUAGAUCUUUGCACAUGAAUCAAUUUUAAUUCAAGCAA